AUGCCGCCAACCCUUCCGCAAAAGAGUCUGAAAAGAGACGCCUCGCAUCUGUCGUCACCAGCGCCAGAGUCGAGCCAGAGCAAAAAGCUGCGAGUGGCGUUCGACGACAGGGUCGACGUCCGCAUCAUGGACGACUGGACGGCCAAGCCGUUGGACCUGGUCAAGGACGAAGUUAGAAGUGCACUUGAGGGCCAUCUCAGGAACGGUGCCGACAAGGAUGAUGGCGCAUAUGAACAGCUCAGGAUGAUCUUCCUCAGCGCCCAGCCCUCGCGAUCACAUGACAGCGGGCCAGUCUCGUCGCAUACCGAAGCACCCAGCACCGCUACGCUCAAGAAGUACCUGGUCGCCCUGAGUGGACGUGUGAGCGAUCUCAAGGCAUGUGGCAAGCUCGUACACGCUGUUCUCGACGUAAACUGGCUCGGCAGAGACGAUGCAUUUGUUGCCCUCUAUGUACGCUUUCUCGGUACUCUAGGAAGUGCUGUUCCUGGCUUCCUCAGGACUGUGCUCGACCGUAUCGUGGGACACUUUGUCGAGGUUCCAUCAUCCCUAGGCCGCAUCCCCAACGAGCCUUACGUUUCCAGACAGCAGAUGCUCGUUCGUGUACACAACGCUCUUCGGUACCUGCUACGCCUCAUUCCGUCCGCCAACAGCGGCUUGGCCGAGUCCCUCCGCGGCCAGUUCCCGAAUCACAGAACAGCCACCCGUCAAGGCUACAUCUCGUUCGUCAAGAACUCCCUCAAGACCAUCGAGUACGCUCCCGAACUCAAAGCCGAGAUCCAGACCCUUAUCACCGAGCGCUUGGUCAAGAUCGACGUCGAGGUACAGGAAGAGUUGGAUGAUCUGGAAGACGAGGUCGAUGAGGGCCGUGUGCUUGGGCUUUCUGGUCUGCCAGGUGCAAAAGAGGAUGCAGUUGACUCGGGCGACGAGAGUGAUGCCGACUCGGACUCUUCUAGCGAGAUCAGCAUGACACCCGAGGAAACCCAACUCCGGGCUCUGCGUGACACCGUCGCCAAACUCGAUUCGGUGCUAGAUCUCUUGUUCUCUCAUUACACUCCCACGUUUGCCAGUGGCAAGAUGUACGAGGUCAACGAUGCCUUUGAGCAUCUGAUCUCGCAGUUCUCCACCUUUGUCCUGCCUACAUAUCGCUCGCGCCACACUCAGUUCCUCGUCUUUCAUUUUGCUCAGAUGUCUCAGGGCUAUGCAGAGCGUUUCGCUGGCGUUCUCAUUCGUCUAGCUACUGGUCGUAGCUCUGCGUCAAACGGCUCCUUGUCUGCUGCUGCCUACCUAGCCAGCUUUAUUGCUCGCGGUGCCCGCGUGAACAAGACUCUGAUUCGUUCUAUCUUCACAAGACUUGGCAACCAUCUCGACACAUUGCGUCGCAACUACGAAUCAGCAUGCGAAGGGCCCAAUCUCAGCCGUUACGGAACCUUUUACGCAAUCGCUCAAGCUAUGCUUUACAUCUUCUGCUUCAGGUGGAGGGACUUCAUCAUGACCCCUGACGAUGCGGACGUCGACGACUACGACAUCUUUGAGGAGGGCGAGCCAGAAUGGCUCCCUGGCAUCAAGGAGUGCUUGACCCAGGCCAUCUACUCCAAGCUCAACCCUCUGAAAGUUUGCGCACCUGCGAUUGUUCACCAAUUCGGUGCCAUUGCCAAUCAUCUUCGCUUCAUGUACGUUAUCCCUUUGCUGGAAACCAACAAACGUCUGCGAUUGUCCUCCUUCCGCUCUCUGGCCGCACCUGCCAGCAGAGACAUGGGUGCUGCAAGAAGAGAAAAUACUCUCAGCCACCAGAGUGGUGAAUCCCACCAUCAGCUGGAUGCCUUCUUCCCAUUCGACCCUUACCAGUUGCCCAAGAGCAAGAAGUGGCUGGAAGGUGAUUACAUGGUGUGGAAGGGUGUACCUGGUAUGCAAGACGAUGAUGACGAUGACGAGAGCAGCGAUGAGGAUGAGGAUGAAGAUGAGUUCGGAGAAAUUGGUGAUGAUCCGGAGUACGAGAGCGAGUAA